GUAUGUUCUCUGGUGCAACCUUAGCCACACGUAAAGUACACAUAACCUCAAUAACAACUAAUUAGUACACCAGGUUUAAUUUAGUGCGAAAGGUGCGAAAAUGUCGUUAUAUCGACAAACACUCGCACUUACGUCGCGUUUACUCCUUAAACAAGCCCUCAAAACACGAAUUACGGGUGAAACGCGGAAUAUAAAAAGGUGGGUGGCCCCCACGCUUAACGAGCUUUAUACGCGGCGUCUGAAAGUCGGUCCGGAGCCCCCGCAGCCCCGUUCGACGUUCCUAGAGUGGAACUAUGAAGCCGAAGUUUUCGCUUUUGGUAAACGUCUGGGGGAAGAUUUUGACAAAAAUAUUCUAAAGCAGGCGCUCACCCAUCGCUCGUUUGUGAUCGCUGAAGAAGAGAAAGCCAAACAAAAAGGGGUACAGUUUGAGGAGCUUGCGAGUAAUAGAAGUUUGAUUAAAGAAAGCGACAAAAUUGUCUCUGACUUUUUGAAAGAAGAGUUUAAAGAGCACCCCGAUGACGUAGCAGAGGCGCUGCACGAUUAUCUCACCAGCGUUGAUAUGUUGGCCCACGUGGCGUCACAUAUGGGGCUCAGAGAUAUAAUUUUAACAUCUGAAUUUCCUGUUGAAAAUUCGACACUUGCGGACACGUUUAAGGCCGUCGUGGCAGCUUUGAAGCAAUCCCAGGACUUAGCAAGAGCGCAAAUUUUCGUCAAAGACUUCCUAAUAAGUCAACUAAACGGAAAAGACAUUUUUGACAUUUGGAACCCCGAGAAACCCUUGGAAUAUUUAACAAACUUGCUUAGGCAGAGAGGUAUUAACGAGUUUGAGCCCCGAUUGUGCAACCAAUCAGCCGCGAACACGAUCCUAGCGAACUACCAAGUCGGUUUGUAUAAUAAUAAAAAACUUCUAGGGAUUGGGUGGGGCGAAAGUAUACAAAUAGCGAAAGAAACGGCGGCUUUGGACGCCAUUCAAAGGCUCCAUUAUCAAAAAUAGGUUAAGUUUUAGUAUAAAAUAAAUAAAAUUGAACAAUGGUCAA